GAAACUAUAAAAAGAUUUUCCCAUAAAACCUGACGUUUAGAGGAGAGGGGAGAAGAAGAAAUGGCGACGGCACCCACGCGCCGCGAAGUGCUCUCGCUCUUUCGAUCGUUCAUGCGGACUGCACGUGAGUUCACGGACUACAACAUCAGGGAGUACGCCAAACGCCGCGCCGUUGACGCGUUCCGCCAAAACCGCCACCUGUCCGACCCUGCGGAGGUCGCCGCCGCCUUCGCCGACGGAAAGUCGCAGCUCGGCGUCGCCAAACGCCAGGCCGUCGUCUACUCGCUCUAUGCCCCCUCAAUUAAGAGCGUUAUGGAGAUUUAGCUCGCCUCAUGUCGUUUAUUUAAGCUGAUUGCUGUUAAUCAGGACUCGAUGAAGGAAAUCAAGAAUAUGGAGAUAUUUUCAGACGAAGACGGAAGGAUGAUUACUAGCUUCAUUCUGAUUAGAGAGUAUCUAUAGAUGGGUUGCUUAUAUAUCUUGAUGUAUCAAUGAACAUCUAAUUGAAUAUUUGCCUCAACAGGAAUAAUGUGAAGCUGCUUAUAUGUUACGUACAUGAUUGUUUGAUA